ACAUUCUGAGCUCCUCAGUGACACUAAGCAGCCAUGUUGGAUUCCUCGUGUGUCAUGUGACGUCUGUGUUUCGUGUUUCAGUCGCCCAGAAGAUCGUGGCCACCAGGAAGAAGCAGCAGCUCUCCAUCGGGCCGUGCAAGUCGCUGCCCAACUCCCCGAGCCACUCGUCCGUCUGCGCCACGCAGGUGUCGGCCGUUCACGUCAGCCAGACGAGUAACGGCGGCGGCAGCCUGAGUGACUACUCGUCGUCGGUGCCAUCGACGCCGAGCACCAGCCAGAAGGAGCUCCGGAUCGACGUGCCGCAGACCACCAACACGCCGACACCCGUCAGGAAGCAGUCGAAGCGCCGCUCCAACCUCUUCACCUCCAGGAAGGCCAGCGAGCCGGACAAGGACAAGAAAGGCCUGGAGGCUCGAGCCGACAGCAUCGGCAGCGGGCGAGCCAUCCCCAUCAAACAGGUGAGGCUUCCUGUCUGAGCGGCGUCCUGGGCCCUGAUUAUAACAGUGGAAUCACACACUUAACAUCAAUUAGAGCCGAGGGGGCUCUCCUGGGUCCUCCAAACCAGACCGCCUCAUCCUCCUCUCCCUCUGCUCCUCCACUUCAUCUCCUCCACUUCAUCUCCCGCUUCGUGCCUUUCAAAGCCGCUCUUUGAUGGGAGAAGAAGAGGAAACACAGAAUCACACAUUCCUGCUGCGACGGAGAGCCGAGCACCUGAAUCUGAGCUCUUAAUUUGAAGAAAACGAGUGUGGGGGGGGGGGGGGGUAGUCGUUGUUUCUCCCGAAAAGCAAAUCAGACAAUUAACGAGCGCUAAUCGCAGCCUCUUGUGUCGUCGCCGCGGCCUCGUUUGUAAUCUGCUAAUGAACAAAUCGCUUCUCUGAUUAGAGAGAGAGAGAGACA